AGGUAGGUAAAGGACCACAAUCACACACAGUCCGAGAGCCCAGCAAUAGUUGGGGCAGCCAUUUCCUUUGAAAUUUUCUGAAAAAAAAAGAAGCUUUCAACUUCACUCCUAAAAUGUUAGGUGAAACGCAUUUCUGAAGUGCGUCUUGAUCGCUUCUGGAAAGAAAAAAAAAAUGUGCCCAUUGAGGCUUAUUCUGAUAUUUCUCUCCGCUACUCUUGCUGGCUUUUUCGUUGUAAGAAACUUCAAAUCACGGCCCUUCACCGCCGACGACAAUGAUUCCGAUGAAUCUUCCUCGACCGAGCGUCCAUUUCCCUCCAAGGUUCGAUCGGCAAUAGAAUCUGGAUUUUGGACCUGCGUGGACAUGGCGAGUGGACGAUACCUUUGGAGGCAUUUGGUCUCUUCUCCUUCUUCGUCUUCAUCUUCUCCUCCUAAGCAUUCUAAUUGACGGUUUGUUGUUCCGAUUUGCUGUCGGUUAAAUUUCUAUCAGAUAAUUUCCAUUAUCAUUUGUAAUGUAAUUUAAUUCACAAUGGUGCUUCUUGUUGUUGUUUAGUACUGUUGUUUGUCAUUGAACCUUAGCUUUUGCAUCAGCUGAAUCUCGUCUAGUACAAUCUGUAAGAUUAAUCAGAAUAAUGAAAGCUAAAGCUAUUCCAUUGCAUGUAUUUAA